CGUGACCUCACCCAUUUGAGUAACUUGAGGACAUCUAGUCUGCAAGUCUCAGUAUGCUUUACAAUGCUUUAUUAUCUCUAACGGCAUUUAUGUUUUGUCUUAGUCUUUUCCUGGUGCACAGAGCCAGUGUUUUAGAAAAUGAUUUUCGAAAACUCCAAGGGGACCUAAUUCUACAAUUAAAUCAGCCACGUUCUGAGGGAGUCAAUGGGAAAAUGGCCAAGAUGUCUAAAACAAGGGAGGACAUUAAGCGAAGUACUUUCCAAAAAGCUCACAGUUCUCUGAAGAUGUCUUCUAGGAGAGUAAAACGGGAACAAGGCAGCUGCAGAGCUCCAACAUCAUUCCUGCAGUUCACUGCUAACACUAACCAACAGCUAGACAAGAGAGGAAAUAUAACAGUGAUCCCUUGGACUGUUUCUGUGCGGCAAGGAAAUGCAAUUUCACAAAAGGAAAACAGAAUUGUUGUCCAAGAAGAUGGUUAUUACUUGGUGUUUGGACAAGUAUUGUGUCACUGUAACUCAAGCAUAACUAAGUUGAUAUUACAUCUGAUUUGUUCCAGCUUUUCAGCUAAUGUUCUGCUUAAUUCUCAGGUUUUGUUCAUAAGCCCCAGCACAGUUAUGGGUCAUGUUAUUCGAAGUUGGGGCUCCUCUAAUGCAGAGACAACAUCAACAGAGCUCUUGCGCUGCCUGCAAGCGAUGACUGAUGCAACUCCCAUGCUCCAGCUCACAUGCUACACUGCAGGUGUCGUGCAGCUGCAUCAGGACGAUGAGCUGGAGCUGGUGAUCCCAGACAGGCCCCAAGCCCUCAUCUCAAUGGACGCAGACUCAACCUUUUUUGGUGUCAUACAGCUAAACUGAGACAAGACAGAAAGAAGACGAUAACUAUGCAGCUCGUUGUUGCAGGAAGUGUGAAGCUGACACUGAGCAGUGUGAGGGGAUGCUGAUAAAGGACUGAGUGACAGCAGCAGGAAGACUAUGUUGGAACCUGUUGUUAAUCUCAGGAAAAUAUAUAAUGAGCUUUUUGAAUGAACUGCCCAUUUCAUCUGUCAGUUUUUCUGAAAACAGUUCUUUUUAAAAUGUUUUGACCUUAAAGCUUUCGAGUGUGACUUUAAGGUAGUCCACCUGAGCCUGUCCCUUUGCAUUGUUUAUGUGUGCCUCCUUUCAUCAGUCUAUUUUUGCAUGUCUCUUUAUACCUUGCUGGGGGCUUCCCUCCAGCUCCACCUCCGCGCUGCCUGUUUAUUUGUUCCUCUCAUCUAUUUUUGAAUGGCUUCCGUUUUCCUAAGACUAUGUCAGGAACAAACAAAGGUAUAAAUUUAUAUCGCUCAGGAGGUGUUUUUCCUGGUUGACAUGCAACUCCUCUAUACUGUAAAUGCUUUAAUAUAUCAUGAUAAAAAUUAAUGUUCUAAUAAAUGGGAUAAUAUGCCUUUGUGCAAACAAAUUCUCAAUUGAUGUUUCAGUUCCUAACUAAUUCUAAAAGUAUUUAUCUGUGUAAUGGACUACAUUUAACACAGACAUAUGACAACUUUUCUCCAAAAAAAACUGUUUGUAUCCAAAUGAUAAAGUCCUUACUCUGAAGUUUUCCAAAGCUUUAUAGAAAGUGAUGUAUCAGUGGUCAAAUCUUUAUUCUCUAAAUAUAGUAUCCACAGUGUCUA